AUGCUGCUAAUGCAUGUCUUCAAUAAACCCUGCCAAAGUGGGCGUUGCACUGCGCCCAACACCUGUGAGUGCCAGGCAGGCAAUGAAUGGGAUCACAAGAGUGGCCAGUGUGUGCCCCACUGUGAUAUUCCUUGCCUGAAUGGUGUCUGCAUUGGCCAAAACAAAUGCGAGUGCAAACCUGGCUACAUUCUCGACGAGCUACAGCGCAACAUUUGCCAACCACACUGUCCACAAGGUUGCCCCAAUGGCUUCUGCAGUGCGCCCAACUUCUGCAUCUGCCAGCCGGGAUUCAUCAAGAGCGGCAUCAAAGGACGUCAGAGCUGUCAGCGCGUUUAAUAUGCAUUUUAUUUAUAAUUGAAGUCGAUCUGUGUCUAUGUCUCAUUCCCAAAUCAAAUUAAACAGACGUCCAAUCAGUGCAUUAAA